AUGGAUGAUUUAUCAAUAAAUAAUAGAAAAAAAAGAAAUAUAAAAAUAAAGUUAGGAAAAUUUAGAUGGGAUUCAUUUAUAGAUUAUUAUGUUUCUUUUCCUUUAGGACAUUCUAAGAUAAAAAAAGUAAUAAAUGUUUUAGAAACUACAACAUGUUUAAGAUUUAGAGAAGCAAAAAGCUUAUAUGGUUGUGUGUCAGGUAUUCUAUUUGUUUCAUCAACUCGUUGUCAUAGUCACUUAGGAAGAGAAACUGAUAGGAAUUGGCAAAGAAUAGAAAUUGCACGAGAAUGUUAUAAUGAAGGAGAAAUUUUACAAUUGAUAUUACGUACAUUGGGAGUAAUUUAUGAACAUAAUCGGGUUGAUAGAAAUUAUUUUGUACAAGUUGUUGAAGAAAAUAUUCUGCCAUUUGCUAAAAAACAUUUUGAAUUAUUCAGAAAAAGUGUAUUUAAUGAUAAAUUUUUGCCUUAUGAAUAUGGAUCCAUAAUGCAUUUCGGAAUGUAUAAUUAUAGUAGAAAUGGAGAUCCUAAUCAUUGUGAUAGAUGUAAAUGUCCUAAUUCAUUUGAAGGUUUUCAAUGUGAACGUUACAAAACAUUUCGUGGAUGUGGUACGAUUGUAUGGACGGUUCGUAAACAACCUACAUUUUUUAAAUUUUAUGGAAAAAAAAAUUGUAUUUAUCAUUUAAAGACAAAUAGAUUAAAAAAAAUUAAAAUUGUUAUUUUAAAAGUUAAAACGCAAUCUUCAUAUUCUUUAACAUGUUCAGGAUAUAAUACACUUGAAGUAAAAUAUUGGAAGGACAAAACUGUAGUGGGUGCAAGAUUUUGUCAACAAAGAUUUCCUAAAUAUAUUAUAUCACAUAAUAAUUAUGUCAUUUUACAAUAUAAUAGUUGUUAUGAGUCUAGCUAUGUUCAUUUGUAUUUUAAAGAGGCAUUCUAA